AUGGGAACACGGUCGAAGAACGAGAUGCUGUAUUCGGAACUGGAUGUAUCGAUGGCGAGCCGAGUGCCGGCCGACGGGACCUACGUGACCUAUUGCGGGCGGAACGACGGGACGAGCUUGAUGUACGCCACGAUGGACCCGCAGCGCAUGGGACUGAGCCACCAGGCCGCCACGGGCAACUCCGCGACCGCCAUGACCCUCCCGCACGGCGUCCACCUACCCAUGCAGCAGCACCCGACCCUGAUCCAAGUCCCGAUGGCCGGCAUGGACGCGCGCACGUUGACUCGCCUCCAGCCUGCGCCCGACAUGCUGAUGGACCCAUCGCAGAUCCCGCUCAUCGGGCGCCCCAACAGGGAAAGCUCGGUAUAGGAUCUUCUUUACCUGCUCGGCGCCUGCUCCUCUCCUCCCCGCUGCAUGUGCUGCCCACGGCACGUCCAUGGCUGCAAUAUGUUACGAUCUGUAGCUAGUUCCGAGACCAUCGAGCGACAGGCUGUGACGGGGUUACAGGACAUUCAAGGUUGAGACGAAACGGGUCGUGACGUAUCCGACACCAGCUGCUAUAGGACACGACGGGCCUCGUCGCAUGCAAACUCGUCUCAUCGAAGGAGAUCGGAUCACGAAUGUCCGCGGUUAAUUCCAGUAUUUCGCUUUGCAUCGAUUGGACCCUGCGGAACCUUCGACAGUGUAUUUGCAAGUGUGCAUAUCGUGUUUUCAUGUCAAUUUGUCGAUUUGUGUCAGCAGGCAAGGACGAGCAACUUUGUCCCCCCCCCCCCCCUUUUUUUUUUUUAUGAGUAGGCCGCUUUCUACUGC